AUGGCAGCGUCCAAACCAAAAAACUCGACAUUACGAGCACUGCAUGAUGUACCAUUACCCGCGACGCCAGACAAACUAGCCAAGGCGCGGAAGCCAAGAUGGGGGAAGGGCAAAGAGGAGACGGCCGGUCCAGGACGCGUACAGGCAGCAACUGCCUCUGGAGGAGCUUCCGAGGCCAGUACUUCUGCUAACACGGUACAAGACUCGCCAUGGCCAUGGGUAUCGAUAACCGAUUCGUCCGCUAGCCGACAUCCUGCCAUAUUCACCAAGGAUGGGAGCUACUUUUUCUCUAUCAUGGGCUCUUCCGUGAAGAUAUACUCCUCGAUUACCGGCCAGGUCGUGUCCACGCUUUCGGCUUCCCCGCGGUCAGCGAGUUCAUCCGAAGGAGCCGCAGGGCACUCCGAUGUCAUCACUUCCGCUCUUUUGAAUCCUCAAAACAUAUUUCAGCUCAUCACAGGCUCUCUGGACGGCUGUAUCAAAGUCUGGGACUUUCUAGACGCGGUGCUACUACAGACAAUUGACCUUGGACAACCGAUCUACCAUCUUGCUGCUCAUGAGAAAAUCAAGGACUACCUCUUUGUAUCCGUUACUCGCCCAAAUAAAAAAAAAAGCAGAGUCGACAAUGGUGCCGUUCUCCGAGUCUCCCUGAAGCCUACGACUGCAACUGCGCAGGCGAGCGUUCAAAAGUCGUCCGACAUCAUGGGUAUCGGGAAGACAAGGUUGACACAUGGACUUGCCAUCUCACCUAGUGGCUCUUGGCUGGUUGCUAUCGGUGGCCAUAAGGCCUACGUCGCCACGACCUCAAACCUGAAGGCUGGGUUUACCAAGUUUGUCUCGCCGGAAGCUCUCACGUGUCUGGCUUUCCAUCCUGCUGAGGAGUAUUUUGCGACUGGGGACGCAAAAGGCAACAUUCGCCUAUGGUACUGUCUUGAUGAAAGCGUUACCGCGCAUGUCGCGGCCGUGGAGAAGCGCGCGCCCACUACGACACUCCAUUGGCACUCUCACGCCGUGUCGGCCUUGGCGUUUACGCCUAAUGGCGCAUAUCUGCUCAGUGGAGGGGAGGAGUCUGUCUUAGUCAUUUGGCAGUUACACUCAGGUAAAAAGGAGUUUGUACCACGGAUAGGGGCACCAAUCUUUAGCAUAACCAAUACUCGAGCCUCUACCCAGGAAGAGGAGUAUUUACUUAGCCUAGCAGACGCGAGUUUCGUGUUUGUAAACUCAGGCAGACUAAAAAUCUCGCGAGCAUUUUCUCGCAUAAAAUUGGGCAAGUCAUUCCCAAGCCAACAUCACGCGUCUCUUCUGACUUUUGUUUUAGAUCCAGCGAUCUCUCACAGCCGUCCAGCAACGUCAACAUCCGUACCUCUCGCCGUCCAUUCCUUGUCAUCUACUUUGAUCCUCCCAUCAUCUCACCCAUCAUCUCUGCAAACAUAUGCGCCUUCAUCUUCCAGGUUACUUUCUGAGUUAGAAGUAUCGCCAUCUAAUCGCGUAUCAAGACGAGAUGAAAAGGCUCUAGAGCCAUCUCGCGUAGAACGAGUCGUCAUCUCGUCGUCAGGCGAAUGGAUGGCAACAAUAGAUAGUCGAGAGGGUGACGACUCCUUCCGAGGAGAGGUAUAUCUGAAAAUUUGGUGGUGGGAUAAGAUUUCGGGCUCCUGGAUAUUGAACACAAGGGUUGAUCGACCUCAUGGGCUGGCGAAGGUCACAGCAGUCGCAUUUACACCGGGUCUUUGUGAUCACAAUGCUCUGCUUCUCGUCACUUCAGGUGAAGACGGAAACAUCAAGAGCUGGAGGAUCAGGGUUUCCAAAGACAAGAAGGGCACUGAAGAAGUUUUCUGGGUCUCCCGGUCGACAUUCUCCUUCAGAGAGGAGAUACCUAGCCAUGUCGCAUGGUCAGCUGACGGCUCUUUACUUGCAGUCUCGUUAGGCCCCUACGUUGUGCUUUACGACCCGGUGACGAACGCUCUGCUCCAGGUUCUCGCGACGCCCGAGUGCAACCACGUAGUCGCUGCAUAUUUUCUAGGUGUUACCAGUCGCUACCUUGCGGUCGUUGGCAAGCUUGACGUUGCACUUUGGGAUCUCAUCACCCAGACGUUACAAUGGCAUUACCACGGCCCGUUACCGAUAGACACGAUCGUUCCUCAUCCACAGAAGGAGAUGAUGGCGCUUUUCCAGCAACAGCCAACCUACUCAAAUUCAGAAAGCCACUCAACUCGAGUGUUGAUCUUCGACCCCUCUUCGGCGACCCCUCGCAAAGCUUACACGGUUCCCUUUGGUCUCCGUACUGUCGCAUGGUACUCUCAUUCGUCUACUCCAUCUUCGCAGGAUCCAUCAUUCCAUCUCGUCGGCAUCACGGAUAUAUGGAGUGUGGUCCUCUUCGGUGAUGACAUCCGUGCACCUCUGGAGGAAGGUGUUUCAGCGAAGGGCAUCGUGGAUGGCGCUGCUGAUCCUCAGAAACGGACACUGUUCCAGGAUAUAUUUGGCAAAUCAGCUUUCGCUGACUUGUCUAUUGAACCCUCGUCUCCUCCGUUCCUGGCAAAAGCGCAGCAUUGGAGCGGCAAGGAUGUUGCAAAUGUCUUUGACGCUCCAGCCUAUCUCAUGCCGCCUAUAGGGACGCUCUUUGAUUCCGUCAUGAGUAAUUUCUUGAGGCCACGACCUGCGGAAAUAGAGAGUAUCGUCGACGAGGUGCAAGGUGAAAAUGACGAAGAUGUCGAUAUGGAAACAGACGGGGAGGAUGCAGACCGGCCGAUCUUGGUUGGGGAACGCCUAGACCGGCUAGUGGAUUGGCGAGAGAUGAAUAUAUUGAUUGAGGUGUUCAGGGAACAUGCCAUCAAAUGUAAGCUUUCGCGGAUUGUGCUUGGUUUAUGUCUGUUGACGGAACGUCGAUAG